AUGGCAAGGAAAUCGAAGACCGACGAGUAUAGCUCAGACGAUGAGGAGAUUGGCGAAGAAGAAAAUGGCCCACCAACUGUAGACCCCUAUGAGGUGCUUGGCGUGGAGCCUGAAGCAACGGCCGACGAUGUGAAGAAGUCGUACAGAAAGAUGGCACUGAAACAUCACCCAGACAAGGCCGCCGAGGGCGAGAAGGAGGCCGCGAACAAGAAGUUUCAGGAAAUCGCCUUCGCAUACGCCAUCCUGUCAGACGAUCGCCGACGCAAGCGCUACGACCUCACAGGCAGCACCGCCGAAUCGCUCGAAGAUGAUGAGGACUUCGACUGGCUCAGUUUCUACCGCGGACAGUUUGAGAAUGUCAUCAACGACGAGACCAUUAACACCUUGUCGAACAAGUACAAAGGCAGCGAAGAAGAGCGUAGGGAUUUGCUUCAGGCAUACAAGAAGUACAAAGGCAGGCUAGAUCAGGUGUACGAAGUGGUUCUGCUGUCCGAUAUCCUUGUGGACGAUGACCGGUACCGAGAGAUCCUGGACGAUGCCAUUUCCAAGGGCGAGAUCGAGUCGUACCCUGCAUACGCGAAGGAGACAGACGAGACUCGUCUCAAGACCAAAAAGGCCGCCAAGAAGAGUCGCGACGACUUUGAGAAGCGCCAGGCUGCGGAGGAUGCCAAGAAACAGGAGGUCGGCAGAUCGAACGGCAAAGCCAAGAGCAAGAAGAGUGGUGGAGGAGAUAUGUCCGACCUGGCCGCGCUCAUCCAGCAACGCCAGAAGUCAAGAGCAGGUGGCUUCUUUGACCAUCUAGAGGCCAAGUACGCACCAAAGUCAAGAGGUAGCAAGCGAGCUACACCCAUGGAGGAGCCACCAGAGGAAGCUUUCCAGGCGACCGCUGCACGAGCGAAGAAGCGCAAGCAGAACAAGAAGGUCGUGGGUGAAGACGAGGACGAAGACAUGGAUCUUGCGGAAGAGGACAUUGGUGAGUCCGAAGAAGAGGAGGAAGAGGCUCCCCGCAGGCCAAAGGCGCGUGGGAAAGCCAGAGGACGGGGCCGCGUCUCCAGCAUUGCUUGA